AUGAAACGCGUGAAUGUGGAUGGAUUGGAGGCACUCAACGAGAUCAUCGAGAAAACUGAUGGAAAGAUUUUCGUUCUCUACACCGGCAGCAAGGUGAAUGGAGUCUCGUGGUGUCCAGAUUGUGUCACUGCUGAGCCUGUCAUUGAUAAGGUCCUGUCCUCGCCAUCGAUUUCCGAUUUGGAUGCUACUUUCAUCACAUGUCUCGUUGGACAGAGAGAUUACUGGAAGAAUCCCGAGUGUCCAUUCAGAACCGAUCCACGCAUCAAGAUCAAUUGCAUUCCAACCUUGGCCGAGUGGGGAAACAAGGUUCGCCGCCUUCUCGAUUCCCAGCUCACCAACGAGCAUCUCAUUCAAGAUCUUCUCACCAGUGAUGAU